AUGAUCGGAAAGCUGUUUGGAAGCAAGAAAUCAUCCAAAGCUGUGGAUGAUGAAUUGUCUCAACUCGAAGUGUCAUCCAACAACACUCCCUCUACAGGUAAUACUGGCAAUACCUCUCCUCCCGUGGAUGAUUCCAACAUGGUUCAUAACACGGAGUGUAUCCAUAACAACGAUCCACAACAACACACAUCAUCCUCUACCGUGGCAAUAGAUUCUCCAUCCAUCGCUACUGCUGCUCUCAAUGUACCCAACAGUAUUCGUCAUCUUCCAUUGGACAAAUUCAUCUCUGUUCAUUUGCCAGGAGAAAAGUUCAGUGAUAAAGCAUCGACAUUACUUCCACUUGUUGAACAUCAUGUGAAAUGCCAUGUGACCUAUCCUCUCGUUCAAGUCGUUUCAACCAUGACUUUCAGAAAUGCAAAUAGUAAGACUACUGAAGGUGAAUUACUUUUACCAAUGCCAGAGGGUGCUACUCUUAUUGGUUAUGCCAUGGAAGUGAAUGGAAAACUCAUUCAUGCAGUUCCAGUAGAAAAAGAGAAGGCAAAAGAAGUGUUUGAAGAAGAAGUGCGAUCAGGUGGAAAAGUUUCAAUGAUUGAAAAGGUGACUCAAUCCAAUUGUUUUAAAACAAGAGUUUAUCCAUUGCCCUACAACACAGACAAAACCAUUCAAGUGACCUAUCAAAUGAUGCUUCAAGAAAGAGUUCAUUCCCAUGACGACCAUCAAGUUUCAGAUCAGGGUGUUGUGAAGGGAAGUGCUUGGAUUCCACUUUCUUAUUUUGAUUUUGCUUCAUUAAGGCCAGAAAGUAAAAUCGAGUUCACUCUUAAUGAAACAUCAUUGCAAGGCUACGACACUGAGGUAUUUAUGGAAACUUGUCACUCAGAGACAGACCACAAUUCUGAAUUAUUAUGGUCCAGUAAGAAUAAGGAAUCAAGCGUAAACUUCAAUGCACGUUUUACAUUGACCAAAAAAGAUUUGAAAGAAAAUAUGCUUGGAUUCAAUUUAACAGUAACCAAACAAUCUGAUAGUAUUAAUGACAUUUUACUUGCCGUGGAGGAUGGCUACUUUAUGACAUCUAUUCCAGUUCCUAACUUGACCAAUGAUAUGAGAAACAAAGCUAGAGUUGGUGACAAGGUUCAAAUCUUGUGGGAUUGUUCUAUGAGUCAAGCAGUUCAUCAUGCCAAGAAUGUGAAAAUUCUACAAGCCAUUGCAGAGAAUGUUGAAAUGAAGUCAGUCGUAUUAUCUCUUUUCAGCAAUUCCAUUAUAUCCACAAAGGAAUUUAAGUCUGCAAAGGAACUUCAUUCAUUCGUAAUGUCAGAAGAACAUUUAAUUUAUGAUGGAGGAUCUAACAUGCUGUUACUAGACAAGAAUCUUAUCAGUAAGAACGUUGAUUAUUGCAUUGCCUUUACAAAUGGUGUUCACACCAUUGGACAUGAGAUUACUCCAUCUUGCAGCUUUGAAAAACCUAUUUAUUUCAUCAAUACUGCCCCUGUUGUGAAUGCUUCAUUAUUGAAACAUAUUGCUACCAAGAGUGGAGGUAUUUAUUUGAAUGCCAAUGAAAUUUCAGAGCAAGAAUUGUUGAACGCAGUAGGAAAACCAGUCUUGUCGUUUGCUGUGGCUGACUAUGAAGAGAGUGAAUUGGAAGAGGUCUAUCCCAAUGAACCAGUAAGCCUCAAGGAAGGUGAAUUGUUUAAACUAUUGGGCAAGUUCAACAAGAAGUGUAACAAAAAAUCAGUGAAUAUUGCAAUUUCAUUCCGCUAUGGUAGCUCUGUAUUCAAAGUUCAAGAAUUAGAAUUACCAGUAGACGUAUCGAGCAGUCAAGAUGCAGCUGCCAUUAUUCCAUUGUUGUGGGCUCAACAAAAGAUUGACUCACUCUCCGCCUUCCCUCAUCUCUUUAAGGAUGAAAUUCGUAAGAUUGGACAAGAUUUUAGAAUUGUCACUGAUAAUACUUCACUUGUGGUGCUUGAAACGCUAGAUCAAUAUCUCAAACACAAUAUUACUCCUCCAGCGACACUGACUGAUGUAUACCAACAAUUCCAACAAUUGAAACAAAAACAAGAAGAUGAUGAAAAGAAGAGAGAGCAACAAAAGCUAGAGCGUGUCAUUUCUCAAUGGAACCAACGUGUUUCAUGGCACAAAACUGAUUUUAAAGUGUCCAAGGAACGCGAAUUGACCUCCAAGAAGAAAUCUUUGGCAAGUGAUUCCACAAUAGAAAGAGAAUGUUGUAGAAGCAGUGCUCUCUCUCGAAAUUGUUGUCGAAGAGAAUGUGCAGGUGCCAGAUGUUGCAUGAGUGAAAGCGUUGACUCGCUCAUUUCUAUGGAUGACAAGAAAGAGAGCAACGAGGAACAAGGAUCUUCAUCGGUGGCAGGAUCCAUCAAAAUCAAACCAUGGACUCCUGACUCGGCUUAUUGUGCUGCUAUUGCUGAUUCCAAAAAUCCUUACAAGGAAUAUUUGAAACAACGAGAAAGUCUCAAAGAUUCUCCUGCUUUUUAUUUGGAUGUGGCCGAUUUAUUCUUGACCAAGUUAAAGAAUAAUGAAUUGGGUGUGAGAAUUUUAUCCAACAUUGCCGAAUUGGAAUUGGAAAAUACUCAAUUGUAUCGUAUUGUAGGAUAUCGUUUGGAUCAAGCCAAUGAAUUGGAAUUGGCUGAAUGGGUAUUUGAGAGAGUGAAAAAGUUGUCACCUGGUGAACCUCAAUCAUACAGAGAUCUUGCAUUAGUGAAGGAACGAAUGGGUAAAUAUAGUGAAGCCAUGGAACUCUUUAAUAAGGUGAUUACAGGAAAAUGGGACAUGAGAUUUGAUGAAAUUGAAUUAACAGUUGCCACUGAAAUGAAUCAUUUGUUGUUAAAUGAUAAGAAUUUACCAAUCAUUGACAAGCGAUUGAUUCAUCAUUUUGAUUUGGACAUUAGAAUCUCAAUGGCUUGGGACACCAAUGAUGUUGAUAUUGAUUUACAUGUCGAAGAACCAUCUCCUCAUGGCGAACAUGCUUACUAUGCUCACAAUCGAACUAGAAUGGGUGGUUACGUUUCAAGAGAUUUUCGUCAAGGUUAUGGGCCAGAAGAAUACAUGUUGAAAAAAGCACAAAAAGGAAUCUACAAAGCAACCACCAAUUAUUUUGCAAGUCAUACACAGAAUUUAACAGGUGGAACAACAGUAUUGUGUACGUUCUUUACCAAUUACAUGAGAAAGGAUGAAAAGAGAAUGCAAUCCACCAUUCGUCUUUCCACUAACAAGCAAGAUAUUGUCGUGUGUGAAAUUGAAAUUGCUUAA